UGAGUUGUCUCUGCCUCUAGAAAUUGAAACUUAUAAAAAAAAACUUUUCAAUAAUACAAACUUUUCAUUAUUCUUGCUAUGGGUUUUUCAGUAAUGGCUGCUGUUGGUGGAAGUUCAGUUUGGGUGAUCAAUAUAUGUGCAAUUCUUCUGCUUAAUCUAUUCUCUACUGCAUCUGGUGAUGCUUUGAGAAUCAAAUUUGGUUACACAGGCCCAAUAGGCCCAAGUAAUUGGGGAAGAUUGAACCCAACAUUUUCGGCCUGCUCAACUGGCAAAUCUCAGUCCCCAAUAAACAUUGACAGUGCUAAUCUUGUUAUUAACAAAAAUUUGAAGCCCUUGAUUAUGCAAUAUAAUCAUUCUGAAGUUGCUACUUUGGUUGAUAAUGGCUUUAAUGUUGGGGUAAAAUAUGGGGAAAAUGCAGGAACUUUGGUUGUGGAUGGUAAAACUUACAACUUGAAGCAAAUGCACUGGCAUUCUCCUUCUGAACACCGACUUGAUGGAACUCAAUAUGCUGCAGAGCUUCAUCUAGUUCAUUUUGCUGAAGACAAUAGUAUAGCAGUAUUGGCAACCCUCUUCCAUAUUGGCCAUCCUGAUCCCCUAAUGACCAAGCUUCAAAAUAAACUGAAUGAGCUGGCAAGGGACGUGGCAUCACAGAAAGAAACACAGAUUCAGCUGGGAACUAUAGACACACAUGAAAUAAGGAAACACACACACAAAUAUUACUCAUAUACUGGUUCUUUAACUACUCCUCCAUGUUCUGAAAAUGUCUCUUGGCACAUCCUUGGCAAGGUGAGAUCAAUAUCAAGAGAGCAAGUAGAAGCUUUGAGAGCUCCAUUGGAUUCGAGAUGCAAGAGAAAUGCAAGACCAGUACAACCCUUAAAUGGAAGGCAAAUUCAGAUGUAUGAAGUCCAAGCAAAUGUUAAUUAGAUUUUUAUGUGUCUAGGGGAACCAAUUAUUUUAUAUAUGUAUCUCUAUAAAUAAAUCCUAAUCCUAGUUACAUAAACACAUAGUUCUAUGGAGCAUUAGCUCAAGAAAGACAAAGAUACAAUA